CAACCUUUAACGUCUCUAAAAUCCUAUCUUUUGGAUCGAACCCUAUCAUGAUUAGAACUUCUGUCACUAACUCCAUCAGACAAAUCUCCAUGAGCUCCGUAUCAUCUUCCCCUAGACACUUUGUGAAUAUCCAUCAGUUGUCGGCAGAUGAACUCUCGGCGUUGAUUUCAAGAGCUGCUGCUUUCAAAAAGCAAAUCAAAACAGGUGAACCGGCACCUUGGAAGCAAUACCAACGGCUAUUGGGCAAGGUUGUGGCCCUCUUAUUCUCUAAGAGAUCUACCAGAACUAGAAUCAGUACAGAAGGAGCUGCUGCUUACUUCGGUGCCUCACCCAUGUUUUUGGGUAAAGAUGACAUCCAAUUAGGCGUUAACGAGUCGAUGUACGACACCACCAAGAUCAUCUCGUCGAUGACGUCGUGUGUGUUUGCGAGAGUCGGCAAGCAUCAGGAGAUUUUGGAUUUGUGCAAGGAUUCAUCGGUUCCCAUCAUCAACUCAUUGUGUGACAAGUAUCAUCCAUUACAAGCAAUUGCCGACAUGUUGACCAUAAAGGAGGCGUUCGGCAACACGCUGGGCUUGAGAUUGGCAUGGGUCGGUGAUUCCAAUAACGUUUUGAACGAUAUGGCCAUUGCUGCUAUCAAACUCGGAAUCCACGUCUCGGUUGCCAUUCCUUCUACUAUCAAAUACGACCCCGAAAUUCAAGCUCAGACAGAACAAUUGGCCGCAGAGAACAAAGUGACGUUUGAAAUUGUCAACGAUCCUUUGGUGGCCUUGAAAAAUGCAAAUAUCAUUGUCACUGAUACUUGGAUCUCCAUGGGCGAAGAAGCGGAAAAACUCGAAAAACUCAAGCAGUUUGCCAACUUUCAGAUCAACCAAGAUAUGUUGAAAAAAGCCGGUGUGCUGGACAACUGGAAGUUUAUGCACUGUUUACCAAGACAUCAAGAAGAGGUGCACGAUGAUGUGUUCUACAGCGACAACUCAGUGGUGUUUCAAGAAGGUGAAAACAGAUUGUAUGCUGCGUUGGCUGUAAUGGAAGGGUUUGUCAUUAACAAGGGUGAUUUGUUGAAUGCAGUUGAUGAGGAGGUCUAAUUGGAGAUGUUUAGACAAAACAUGGGAUAUCAUCAAAGCAAGUAAAUGUGUAAAUGUGAAAGGAUCGUUGUGGCUGCAAUGAGUGGUGUUUGCGUGUUUAUCCCACUUCAAAGUGGUGAUGAUUGCCAGUGGCUUUUGGUGUGGAUCCGUCUAUUAUAUACUUUUGUUUUGUAUACGAAAAUCAUAUAAAUUUACCCAUUCAGCAACUGACUUGUCUAUGAAGUUUCUGAUCCCAAAUGUUGCAGCAAUGCGAUCUCCGUGUGAAUCAUUGCUCAAUUAGUCUCAUGUACGUUCGCAUUGGGAACCUGGACUUGAAUAGCACUAUAUAGGUAUAUUAUCCUUACGCCAUAAUAACCUGUAUGUGUGUACUCUAUCGCUACUUACGCCAUAAUAACCCGAUACUAUACUAUUCAUAGCAUCUCUCUGGCACAAAACGCCCACUUAACUCCACAGUAUUCGCGAGUUUCCUAAUCGGGCCGUAUCUUGGUGGGUGUCCGAAACUCCUAUAAAAAGGAGGCUCGAUCCCACAGUUUGCCCUCACACCAAAUUAUUUCAACAUGACUACUUCAGUAUUCGUUUCUGGUGCUACUGGGUUCAUUGCCCAACAUGUGGUUCAACAAUUGAUCCAAAAGGGCUAUAAGGUCGUUGGUACCGUCAGAUCCACCGAAAAAGGUGACAGAUUAAAAGCCAAUUUGAAGAGCGACAACUUUGAGUACGAAAUUGUCAAGGAUAUUGCCGAGGAGCAUGCCUUUGACGAGGCGUUGAAGAAACACCCAGAGGUCACGGUGUUCUUGCACACGGCGUCGCCUUUCCACUUCAAUGUCACCGAUGUGCAAAAAGACUUGUUGGAUCCUGCUGUUAAGGGUACCACCAAUGCCUUGAGCUCCAUCAAGAAAUACGGCCCCCAGAUCAAGAAGGUCGUGGUCACUUCGUCAUACGCGGCAGUGGCUCCACCAAUCGGCGUAUUGGGCCCUGAAUUCACGGUAGACGAAACAAGCUGGAACCCAACCACUCUCGAAGAAGCCUUGUCAAGCCCCGGGUUGGGCUACAGAGGCUCCAAGACCUUUGCCGAAAGAGCCGCCUGGGCGUUCUUGGACACCGAGAAGCCCACCUUCACGUUGAACACCGUCAACCCUUCGUUCGUGUUUGGCCCACAGGUGUUUGACAGUGAGGUUUCUGCCACCUUGAACACCUCGUCGGAAGUGCUCAAUUCCUUCACCAGAUUGUCACCCACUGACGACGUUCCUGUGGUCAAAGGGGGAUACGUCGACGUUCGUGACGUGGCCAGAGCUCACUUGCACGCGUUUGAAAGCGACGUCACUGGGUUCAGAUACUUGUUGCUGACAGGUCCAUUUGUGGGCCAAGACAUCAUCGAUGUCAUCAGAGACAACAUUCCGCAAUUGAAAGACCAGGUUCCUAAGGGAGUACCCGGUAGUGGAGCAGAGGAAAUCAAAAAGCUCAAUGGAGUGGAUAAUUCCAAAACUGCUGCCAAGAUCGGACCUUUUAUUGAUCUUAAGAAAACAGUGGUGGACUCGAUUGAGCAGAUUCUUGCUGUCAAUUCCAAGUAGACGGUGAAAUUUCUCCUGUUUUAGUUAGGAAUAUAAAUAACCCCCCCUUAUUUUAAUUACACGUUGUAUA